GUUGCUCUGCUGGACAUCGAUAUCUGCGGGCCAUCCAUCCCUAAAAUGAUGGGUCUGGAAGGAGAACAGGUUCAUCAGAGCGGAUCUGGCUGGUCUCCAGUGUAUGUUGAAGAAAACUUAGGUGUCAUGUCAGUGGGGUUCUUGCUCAGUAGUCCUGAUGAUGCUGUCAUCUGGAGAGGACCCAAAAAGAAUGGGUUGAUCAAACAAUUUCUUCGUGAUGUGGACUGGGGUGAAGUCGACUACCUGAUUGUAGAUACACCUCCAGGAACAUCGGAUGAACAUCUGUCUAUUGUGCAGUACCUCAGUGCAACGCAUGUCGAUGGGGCUGUUAUAAUCACUACCCCUCAGGAAGUAGCACUUCAGGAUGUUCGGAAGGAGAUCAACUUCUGCCGUAAAGUGAAACUGCCAAUCAUAGGUGUUGUGGAAAACAUGAGUGGCUUUAUAUGUCCAAAGUGUAGGAAAGAGUCCCAGAUCUUUCCCCCGACUACUGGAGGUGCAGAGAAGAUGUGUCAGAAUUUAAAUGUUUCCCUCCUGGGUAAAGUGCCUCUAGAUCCUCAGAUAGGAAAAUGUUGUGACAAAGGCCAGUCUUUCUUGUCUGAAGCACCUGAGUCUCCAGCUACAUCAUCAUACAGGAACAUCAUUCAGAGAAUUCAGGAGUACUGUGAUCAACACCAUUUUCCAGAAGAAAAGAUUAUCUAAUCUGGGAAUGGAAUAAAAAUGUAGUUCAUGUUUAAUAGAAAAAUAACUUAUGCGUUGAUAUGAUAGAAGGAAUGUAUUCUUUUUGUAUAUUGCAAAUAAAUUCUUA